AUGGUACAGGUAGUAGUUAAUAUUAAUGAAUUGAUGGUAGUUGUUAAUAUUAAUGAAUGGAUGGUAGUUGUUUAUAUUAAUGAAUGGAUGUUAGUUGUUAAUAUUAAUGAAUGGAUGGUAGUUGUUAAUAUUAAUGAAUGGAUCGUAGUUGUUAAUAUUAAUGAAUGGAUGGUAGUUGUUAAUAUAAAUGAAUGGAUGUUAGUUGUUAAUAUUAAUGAAUUGAUGGUCGUUUUUAAUAUUAAUGAAUGUAUGGUAGUUGUUAAUAUUAAUGGAUUGAUGGUAGUUGUUAAUAUCAAUGAAUUGAUGGUAGUUGUUAAUAUCAAUGAAUUGAUGGCAGUUGUCAAUAUUAAUGAAUUGAUGGUAGUUGUUAAUAUUAAUGAAUUGAUGGUAGUUGUUAAUAUCAAUGAAUUGAUGGCAGUUGUCAAUAUUAAUGAAUUGAUGGUAGUUGUUAAUAUUAAUGAAUGGAUGGUAGUUGCUAAUAUCAAUGAAUUGAUGGUAGUUGUUAAUAUUAAUGACUGGAUGGUAGUUGUUAAUAUCAAUGAAUUGAUGGUAGUUGUUCUUAAUUAUGAAUGGAUGGUACUUGUUAAUAUUAAUGAAUUGAUGGUAGUUAUUAAUGUUAAUGAAUUGAUGGUAGUUGUCAAUAUUAAUGAAUUGAUAGUAGUUGUUCGUAUUAAUGAAUUGAUGGUAGUUGUUAAUAUCAAUGAAUUGAUGGUAGUUGUUCUUAUUAAUGAAUGGAUGGUAGUUGUUAAUAUUAAUGAAUGGAUGGUAGUUGUUAAUAUCAAUGAAUUGAUGGUAGUUGUCAAUAUUAAUGAAUUGAUGGUAGUUGUUAAUAUUAAUGAAUGGAUGGUAGUUAUUAAUAUCAAUGAAUUAAUGAUAGUUGUUCUUAUUUAUGAAUUGAUGGUAGUUGUAAAUGUUAAUGACUGGAUGGUAGUUGUUAAUAUCAAUGAAUUGAUGGUAGUUGUUCUUAUUAAUGAAUUGAUGGUAGUUGUUAAUAUUAACUAG